GAGCGAGUUUGGGUAAUGAGAACUUGAGGCUGAGGCAGCCAGAGGGAAUGGUUUGCCACCAGGUACUUUGGUCUCCUCUAUAAUCUUCUGUGUCGUUUAAGCGCACUUCUUUUUUUUAUCCAAACCACAUCUCAGGCACUACGAUAGACAACCCCUUAAUGCCGGAAGUGGUCACUCGCGGGGGCCUUGGACGAGCCGGAAGUAGGAAGUGGCUUCGGCGAGGGUGACGUGUGAGAGAGCGCGCGCGCGCGGGACAAUCCUCUCCGGGGACGAAGAGCGAAGAGCCGCGAUGGAAGCGCUUUAUCAUCAAACCAACAAGCAGGUCCACGAGGUCCAGUCGUACAUGGGCCGACUUGAGACUUCGGACAAGCAGUCAGUCCACCUGGUGGAAAACGAGAUCCAGGCAAGGAUAGACAAGAUCUUCAGCAACCUGGAACGACUGGAGAUUUUUUGCAACAAGGAGCCUCCGAAUAAGCGCCAGAAUGCCAAACUCCGAGUAGACCAGCUGAAAUACGACAUCCAGCACUUGCAGACAGCCCUGAGAAACUUCCAGCACCGACGCUACACACGGGAGCAGCAGGAAAGACAGCGGGAGGAGCUUCUGGCCCGGACGUUUACCACGAAUGAUUCCGACACCACCAUCCCGAUUGAUGAAACGUUACAGUUUAACGAAUCCCUUCAAAACGCGCACCGUGGCAUGGACGAUCUCAUUGACAGUGGAAGCAGCAUCCUACAUGGCCUGAGGGAUCAGAAAAUGACUCUAAAGGGCACCCAGAGGAAGAUCCUGGACGUCGCCAACAUGCUGGGCUUAUCCAACACCGUCAUGCGGCUGAUCGAGAAACGCGCCUUCCAGGAUAAGUACUUCAUGCUCGGCGGCAUGGUGGUGACCUGCGUGGUCAUGUUCCUCGUGGUGCAUUAUCUGACGUGAGGAGCUGGAGCUCGGGACUGCCCUUCUGCCUAAAGACUUCUGACUGCAACUGUGAACUCCUUCCUGCCUUCCGGAUCGAUUGCGCUCCACUUGUGGCUCCCCUGAGACACACGUUUGAUGGGCCGACGAACCGCUCGGUGACGGCUGCCAUGAAUUAAGCCAUGCGAUGCGCGUAUUUAGUCUCAUUCUUCAGCCACGUGAUGGGCUUGUUGCCCAUGUGAUACAUAGGUUCAGCCCCCUUCCCGAAGGCAUUAGCGGCAUGUUUGCCUGUUGACGGUGAAGCGCGAGUGACGGGACGGGGAGCCCCUGAGAAGCGCCUGCUGUCCUCAUUUUCUCCGGAACUAGCCAGUACCGUGGAUGCAAAGGGCAACCGGGAGUAGCCAAGUGGGUGGAGCUUGUUGGAGUUAGCUCCUUCUGGGGAUGGGGGCGGGCGGGAUAGAGGAUUGUGUUUCCCACAAUGGUUGAAAUAAAUGGACCUUCCUGUA